AUGGAUGAUUUUGCAUGUCCAAGAUGCCGGACAACCAAGUUUCAAAACCCUUCACUAAAAAUGAUGGUCAAUGUAUGCGGCCACGGCUUGUGCGAAAGUUGUGUGGAUCUACUCUUUUUAAAAGGUUCUGGCAGUUGCCCGGAUUGCAAAAUACCCUUGCGCAGAAACAAUUUCCGGGUACAACUCUUUGAAGAUGCUUCUGUAGAAAAAGAAGUGGACAUUCGCAAAAGGGUCCUGAGAGACUUCAACAAAAAAGAGGAGGAUUUUGCCACCUUGAAAGAAUACAACGACUAUCUAGAAGAAAUCGAAUCAAUAGUAUACAACUUAAGCAACAAUAUAGAUAUAAUAAACACAAAUAAAAAAAUUGAGCAAUACAAAAAAGACAAUAGAGAGCAAAUUCAGAAAAACAAAAACCGCCUAGGAAGAGAGGAAUACGAAAUAGAAGAAAUCUUAGAAAUGGAAAAACAAGUAAACGAAGCUAGAAAACAGGCGAUUCUAAUGGAAGAAUCUGAAGCAAAGAAAAAACGAAUACAACGCAAAGAAGCCCUUCUAGAUGAAUUAAUGUUUUCCAACACCAACGCCAAAAACAUAGUUCAAACAUUUGCCCAACAAGCCAAAGAAGAAAAAGAAGAAGAACUGAAAAAACCACCAACCAAAAUAACAAAAUUCUCCUCUGGCAUUCAAUUCGGAAGGAAAUCUCAAACCACAUUUUUACCAGUACCCACAGACGACGGGCCUACCUACGAAUAUACCCCUAUCGUUGUAAUACCCAAUGGUCCUCAGCCACCUCUAGAUGAAGAUGUUGGAACCAAAGGUUUCAUGAAUCAUAUUAGAUUGGAAACCGAUCAGGAGAGAGCUGGAGGCUUCAAAACAAAUAUUGCCUGUCUGAGGGCCUUGCAAGAAGCUAUGAUGGGGUUGUAUCAUACAAAAAAAAAUAUGUAA